UUGGUGGCCCAGGGCAGUGGCUCAGCUUUUCGGAUCACAGAGCAGUGCCGAGGCCCGAGUGAGGAUGCCCCUCGGAGGCAGCAGCGGGGGGCCCGCCUGUGCUGGGCGCUGGCUGCGUGCACAGUCCGGCUGCCGCCCGGGCAGCUCACUGUGAACCGGGACGAGCUGGAGCAGAUCCGGCCCAGCGUCUACCGCAACGUGGCUCGUCAGCUGAACAUCUCCCUGCAGUCCGAGACCGUGGUGACCGACGCCUUCCUGGCCGUGGCGGCCCAAAUCUUCUCUGCAGGCAUCACGUGGGGCAAGGUGGUGUCCUUGUACUCGGUGGCGGCGGGGCUGGCCGUAGACUGUGUGCGGCAGGCCCAGCCCGCCCUGGUCCAUGCACUGGUCGACUGCCUUGGGGAGUUUGUGCGCAAGGCCCUGGCGCCCUGGCUGCGGCGGCGCGGCGGAUGGACCGACGUCCUCAAGUGUGUGGUCAGCACAGAGCCCGGCUUCCGCUCACACUGGCUCGUGGCCGCACUCUGCAGCUUCGGCCGCUUCCUGAAGGCCGCCUUCUUCGUACUAUUGCCAGAGAGAUGAGCCGCCGGCUUGGGCACAGGCCGAUGCCAGGCCCUCCAAGCCAGGAGGCCCCCGGCCGCCGAGAGUGUCGCCAUCCUCCUCGACCAGGCUGGGCACGUGCCAACCCUCAGAGCCCCGCCUUGGUGCAGGAAGCCCUGCCCUGAGCCCCUCGUCUGCUACCCUGGCCCCUAGAAGGGGAGGGGGGGCCCUCCCUGGCCUGGAGCUGGGCUUCAGUGCCUUCCCCUGGAAACCCUGCCUGUCCCCUUCCAUCUGGAGCCACAAAGUCAGGGUCACCUCCCAGGUCCAAGGGGAAGAGAGCUGGGAACACCAGGCUCUCACUGGAUGCCUGGGUCCCAUCUGUGAAGGUGGACGGUGUCAGGAUGUGAGCCGGGCAGUGGGCUCUGCACAUUCAGUCACUGGAGACCCUGGCCUGGCCAAGGCUGGAGGAGCCGUGGGGUCUUACUGACCUUGUAAACAGGGCAGAAGGCUCAUGGGCUGGUUGCUUAAUCCAUUUCUGGAGGGAGUGCGUGUGCCCCUCCAUGGCAGGGUCCCGGUGUGGUGGGGACCAGGGGUGCGGGCUCCAAGCUGGCAGGCCUGACCUGAGAGCACAGAAGCCCGUGAACAAGAAGGCUGGUGUGUGUGUGUUCAAUCCCAAUAAAGUUUCAUGGCAACGGA